CUGGCCAACGCUCAGAUGUCGAAGGGCUUUCCCAUCGUCUACUGCUCCGAUGGCUUCUGCGAACUCACAGGGUUUUCCCGGGCUGAGGUCAUGCAGAAGAGCUGUGCCUGCAAGUUCCUGUUUGGGCCAGAGACCAGCGAAAGCAUCAUCCUCAGCAUCGACGAAGCCUUGGAGGAGCGCAAGGAGUUUAAGGACGAGAUCAUGUUCUAUAAAAAGACGGCUGUGCUGUUCUGGUGCCUGCUGGACAUUGUGCCAAUUAAGAACGAGAAGGGAGACGUGGUGCUCUUUCUGGCUUCAUUUAAAGACAUCACAGACACUAAAGCUAAAGCCAUCCAAGAGGACAAGAAGGAAGAGCGACGGCGCGGCAGGGUGAAAACAGGCUCUCAAUUCAGCUCGACGCGUCUGCGGAGCAGCACGGUGCUCUACCACAUCUCCGGUCACCUACACAGCAGAGAGAAGAGCAAGAUUAAACUCAACAAGAAUGUGUUUGGCGAUCUGCCCGCUCUGCCAGAGUACAAGGUCGCAGACGCCAAGAAGUCCAAAUUCAUCUUACUGCACUACAGCACGUUCAAGGCCGGGUGGGAUUGGUUGAUUCUGCUCGCCACGUUCUACGUCGCUGUGACGGUGCCGUACAACGUGUGUUUCAUCGGUGACGACGACGACCUGACUCGCAGCACGACUGUCAGUGACAUCGCAGUGGAGAUACUGUUCAUCAUAGACAUUGUUUUCAAUUUUCGCACCACCUACGUCAGCAAAUCGGGCCAAGUGAUCUUUGACGCUCGGCAGAUCUGCAUCCACUACCUGACCACAUGGUUCAUCAUCGAUCUUGUGGCCGCAUUGCCCUUUGACCUGCUCUAUGCCUUCAAAGUCAGCGUGGUGUCUGUGGUCCACCUGUUAAAAACGGUACGUCUGCUCCGCUUGCUGCGGCUGCUCCAGAAGAUGGACCGCUACUCGCAGCACAGCACUGUGGUCCUCACCCUGCUGAUGUCCAUGUUCGCUCUGCUGGCCCACUGGAUGGCCUGCAUCUGGUACAUCAUCGGCAAGAUGGAGAUGGAGGCCAACACCUACAACUGGGAUAUCGGGUGGCUUCACGAGCUGGGGAAGCGCCUGGAGUCACCGUACUUCACCAUUGGAGGCGUCAACGGGACCGGCAGCGGACCGCCAAUCAGGAGCGUCUACAUCGCCUCGCUGUACUUCACCCUCAGCAGCCUGACCAGCGUGGGCUUUGGCAACGUGUCGGCCAACACAGACGCCGAAAAGAUAUUCUCCAUUUGUGUGAUGCUAGUAGGAGCACUGAUGCAUGCCUUGGUCUUCGGUAAUGUGACAGCCAUCAUCCAGAGGAUGUACUCGCGCUGGUCUCAGUAUCACACCAGAACCAAAGACCUCAAGGACUUCAUACGUGUCCAUCAUCUGCCGCAGAGCCUCAAGCAGCGAAUGUUGGAGUAUUUUCAGACAACCUGGUCGGUCAACAAUGGCAUCGACUGUAACGAGCUUCUGAAGGACUUCCCAGACGAGCUGCGGUCCGACAUCACCAUGCACCUUAACAAGGAGAUCCUGGAGCUGUCGCUGUUUGCCUCCGCCAGCCGCGGAUGCCUGCGCUCCCUGUCCCUGCACAUCAAGACCUCCUUCUGCGCUCCGGGAGAGUACCUCCUCCGUCAGGGCGACGCUCUCCAGGCCAUCUUCUUAGUGUGCUCGGGUUCCAUGGAGGUGCUGAAGGACGGCAUGGUGCUGGCCAUCCUGGGUAAAGGUGACCUGAUUGGGGCGAACGUGUCCUUAGAUGACCGGGUGAUAAAAACCAAUGCGGACGUGAAAGCUCUGACCUACUGUGACCUGCAGUGUAUUAACCUGAAGGGCCUGUAUGAUGUGUUGGACCUUUACCCUGAGUACUCCCACCACUUCGUCCAGGACAUCCAGCAGGACCUCACAUACAACCUGAGGGAGGGACAUGAGACACACGUUAAGGCCAAACUGUCUACAACAGCUCUUGAUCCUCAGUCAGGGGUGAGAAGGAAUGGCCAAGUGGUGCAGGGUUAUCCGUCCAUCAUUGAGGCUCAGGAGGAACAUGAAGACAAUGAGGAGGAAGACAGGGCCACAUCUGUGUCUUUGUCAUCGGAGCAGAACCGAGCGGUGAACCUCAGGGACGCCAGUGCCAGGUCUCUGCUGAGCGGACCCAGCCAGAAGACCACGAUACAGGGCUCCAGGUGCUCUCUGAGGAAGAUCCAGGAAAUUACUCUCACCACUUUAGACCCUUCCAACCUCAGCCCCAGGAUCGUAGACGGUACAGAAGACAAUGAGGGGACAGAGAGCUCCCUGGCUUUCUCUUUCUCCACCACCCAAGGCGUUCCUGUCAGUGAACCAACCAGUGCCUCAGUGUCUGCCACAGAUAUGCUGCAGAUCAGCACAGCAGAAUUAGCAGCAAAAGCCGAAGAGACCAGAGGGCAACUGCGACAUCUUGACCAGCAGGUGAGCUCCCUGGGGAAGGAAGUAGCUGACUUAGGUCAAGUCAUGAAGAGGAUGGCUCAGCUCAUGGAAACCCUCAUGUCAUCCAUGCCACCACCUUCAGUCGACUGCCUGACGCACUGCGCAUACCUGCCCCAUCCUCACCAUCCUCACCCUUCUCCCUCUCAGACUGCGACCAUGUGGACAAACACGCCCCUGUCCCUGCCUUCCUCUCCACUCACAAUCCCCCACCAACACAGUGCGAUGUGCCACAUGGACUCCCUCGCGCACAGACCCCAGGAUCUCCAGCUUGGGUACUCGGCCAUCCCCAGCUCAACUCCGCCUCCGACCCCCAUCUCGUCGAUCCUUCAGUUGCAGCCUCACUUGCCUUCCUCCUCCCUCAGCUCGCCGGAGAUUUCUAACCUCAGAGACGGAGAUUGCGGCUCCAUCAGGUCAAGGGUGCACAGUGCUCUGCAGGACGGAGGAGAUGAGGGCCCCCAUCAGAGCGCUGGGUGUUCUCCCCAAACUGGACUAGAGGGGGGCUAUCACAAGCCCACCAGGGGUUUGUAGCAGCCCUCUCUGGACUCUGCAGGAGACACUUUCUAUGAUAAGUUCCUGAACUGAUCAACUGGGGUCCCUCUCACAUCACUGCAGGACAUUUGCAGGGAUGCAACUAAGAUUUCUUUUGUUUUAAAGGCACGUCUUAAAAAAUCCAGUUGCAUGAAAACAAGUACAGAAGGAUUAGGUGUGUUAGCUUUACCGUUUAUAGAAACGUAGUGUUGUUUGACGGGAUAUAGGGGUGUUGGUUCUGCUGCGGAGCUCAGCGUCUCUUGGUGCAGCUUACUUCCAACCCCUGCCCCCCCCCACACCUUGAGGCUCCUCAAGAGAGCAACAUGCCAUAAUGUAGGAGUGGGGGGCACGCUGGAGAGAGCUCUUUCUGUCGUCUCAUUUCUUACUCCCGGCCUGAGAUGGUGUGAGGUCGACUGGGUUGGCCAGAGGAGGAGAAAGCAUCGUGGAUGAUGGCGUUGGGCUUUGGAAACAAGGAGGGGAUGGAGGCAGUUAACAGCCUCCCACCCCCUUAUCCUUGCCAUUUCAUCUUCUUUUAACCCAUCUCUCCUUGCUCACUCAACCUGAUGCACUGGAUUGCGUGGACCUAUGCAUGGCUGGUUACGACUGGUUGUACUGGCAGCACAGGAUGGUGUGAGGAGAGAGAUGGGACGUAUUGUGCUCUUUACC